AUGGAAGGCAGCAUCGGCAAAUCGCGCUCCAUCCUCAAGCCAUGCAUCAACUGCCGGCAGCGCAAAGUCAAAUGUGACCGAGGUCAGCCUUGCACCGAAUGCGUGAGAUUCAACAAAGAAUGCCUCUACGAGUCAACAAGCACGCAGACUUCUUCAGACCCCUCAAGAGAGUCUCAGGAACUGCUUGCCCGCAUCAAUCGGCUCGAAGCCCUUCUUGAACAACAGAAGACAGCCUCCAGCUCAUCAGCCUCCACGAGCCCUGACAAUGUGCAUGUAAUAGGCAUUUCACGAGCCAUCGAGCUUGCACUCAAGCUCCCGCUGGUCUCAGUAGGCUUCCUGACUGUAAAAGACGGGCUCACGAACUAUGUCGAUAGUGGCUUCUGGGCUAAACUCUUCGAAGAAUCCAGCGAGCUGCGUCUGCUAUUGGAAACCGAAGCCAACAUGCAAACUAACGACGUUUUGCUGGGGGUAGGUGACAUCCCUAUAUCCCCGGCUGACGUCUCGUCCUAUGAGCUCAUGCCGACACAAGAGCAGCGAACCCUACUUCUAGACUACUUCUUCGACAAAAUUGAACCAUUCGUCGGCAUCCUACAUGAGCCAACGUUCAGGUCGAAUUGCCGGUUGUUUUGGCUUGGCACAAUGCCACAAACCUCGGAAUUCGGUGCGCUGCUGUCUACCGUAUACGCGCUGACUGUCCAGAUACUGCCAUCAGAUGCUGUAACGGCCAUCUUCUCAGUGCCGAAAAAGGAGACCGUGGAGCGCUUCUGUACAGCAGCCCGUUUUGGACUCGCUGUGGCCCACGUCAUGACAACUCGAAGUCUGCUUGUUUUUCAAGCAUUUCUAUACUGGACCACGUUUCUCUACGAACGUGGUGAUGUCGAGACUGCCAAUGGCACCAUCGGCAUAGCAAACCAGAUUGCGAGAAGACUUGGUCUCCACAAAGACCCGUGUAAACUUGAUAUCUCUCCGUUCAUAUCCGAGCUCCGAGCUCGCGCGUGGAAUCACCUUCUCUAUCUCAACACUCGCGCGCAUGAUUUCGAGGGUCUGGAUGUAUCACCCCUCCUCGAGGUGUCUGGUACCUUCUAUCCGGUGGCGGUCCACGACGACGAGUGGCAGGACUGGUUGCAUGCACCGCUCCAAAUGUAUCCUGCUAUUAGCAAUCGCCGAACCAAAUUUCCCGUUUUAAGGCGACAAUUCGCAACCUUGACAUGCUUUCUACUACAAUCAACAACACAACUCGACGUGCUGCGAUCAGAUGAGAUUCUGGCAGCCAUGGAAGAGCAGCUGCAGAGUGACUAUUUCGAUCGUUUCGACCAUAGUCAAGUCAUUCAGCGGUUUGAGGCGCUGUAUGUUCGCCUGAUGGUACAGCGAACAGCGCUCAGUGUCGACGUCACCCAUCUCAAGACCGGACGCAAAUCAGGAGUCGCCUUCAAGAACGUUUUGUAUCAGCGCGCUGUCGCCCUACUGGCCCUUAUAUCCCGCGCGGAAGCAGCGGCGGAUUCCUUUGGCUGGGGUUGGAUUUUCCGUACAAAUCCCGAGUUUUUGGCUGUGUCUAUUGUGCUAUGCCAUAUCAUCAAUAGAAUGGAGCAUUUCUCCCGUGAGCAGAUCGAUGAAGGGUGGCUGCACAUCGAGAAGUUCUGCCAGCGACACGAUAGUGACGAAUUCUCUAUCCGGCAGACCUCAGCCUGGCGUAUCAUACAGCAUUAUCGGCAGCAAGCUCGCCAAAGGAUACAGUCUGAUGACAUGGCAGCCGCCUCGAACAGCUUGAGCAUGGCUUGGGAUCUUACUGACACUACUAAUGACCCGUGGAUGUCGAACGCCUUUGGUAUGGACGGGUCCGGUGCCACAGAACAGCAGUGGCAUUGA